UUGCUGCUAUAAAUAUGCUAAAAUAUAUAAUGAAAAAUUGGUUGAAUAAUUUGGAAGUAGUUUUUAAAUUUAUAUCCUGCUCAAUAAUUUUUUAUCUCAUUAUUUAUCAUUUGUGUUUAAGAUAUUACAUGUAUAUAAUAAACUCAAAUGAUACAUGUGAUUGGCUUUUAUCUGAUGGACGUUAUCAUGGAGCCCAUGUUUGGCAACCUUAUGGCUGUAUGAUAAAAACUUACAAUAAAUAUGAAGCAAGAAAUUGUUUAAGAUAUGAAUUCAAUAAAAACAUACAACUAAAUAAUGCAACAAAUGCUGAAACUAGUUUGUAUGUAUUUUUAGGAGAUAUGAAAUUAUAUAAAUUUUAUAAAUCUUUUUUAAAUUAUAUUACACAUCCGCAAAUAUCACUGGAGAUUGAAGAUAACAUCACUGAUUUAAAUGCAACUCAUUAUAAAAUUAGUUAUAAAGAUGCUUUGUUAAAUUCUAAAUUCCAAUUUAUUUUCACCCCAAUUAUAGAUGCCAAAUUUUUGACUGCAAUUCAAUCAGUAAAUUUUAAAAAUCUUAAACUUCUUGUAAUUAGUGUUGGAUACUGGAAUUCUAAAUAUUAUUAUGAAGAUUACAUUAAUAAUGUAAGUUUAGCUUCUAAUCAAUUCAAUGAUACACAUGGAAUCAAAGUCUUUAAGCAUCAAAUAACCAAAGUUAGAUAUUUAUUGCAAAAUAUAUUAAACAGUAGUUUGGAUCAAAAUACAAAAUUAAAAAUUCUCUGGAUGCUUCAAGAUUCUAUAUUUGAGCGCAAAUUAUACCUUAGAACACAAUAUAAUAGAACUAGUAAGAAUAAAAAAGGAAUUAUUACAAAUAAUAUUAUGAAUUUAUAUGAUGAUAUUAUUAUCAAAGAAAUUAAUAAAAUGAUGAUCAGUCAUUUCAAUGUAGUGAAAUUAUGGACAUCAACCCAAAAAGUUAAUCAAAAAUAUUUGCAUUUGUCACCAGAUGGCGUCCAGUCUUCGUUAGUUCCUUUAACUAUUGAUUUGCAAAUUUUAAUUAAUUAUUUAUGUAAUUCUCGAAAUACUGAAAACCAUUUUAAAAAUAGUAUAAAUAAAAAUUUACCAGAAGACACCUGUUGCACUACAACAAAACCUUUGUUUCAUAACACCAUAUUCAUUUGUUUAACCAUAACAUUUAUAUCAGCCGUAAUUCUCUUUUUGCCAUUUUUAUAUUCAAAUUUUAAUAAAAUUUUUCAAAGUAACUAUACACAUUUGCCAAUGGACAUAGAAGAAGAAAUGCUAAAUUUAAGUCCAUCUCUCAAUAAAACGUAUUCCAUUCCAAAGGAAAAACCGACAAAAAGAUACCCUUUGAUAUUUGUAAACCUUAUAAAACUUGCCAUCAUUUUCAUCUACAUUAUAAUAUGUGACAAAACAUCCUUAUUCAUGAAAGAAAAUAAGUAUUACACCCAUUUGAGAUUUUUCUUGCCUAUGACAUAUUUUUUUGUCAUUGGUUCAUUUUUCACAGAGCGAUCAGGUACAAUGACAGAAAAUGAUAAUAAUAAAACUGCAAAUGGCAUUAUGUCUUCAAAUGGAAAAUUUGACACUAAUUCAAGAUAUUUUGCCAUGUCGAGGAAUAAAACAAAUGAAUUAAAGGGUUGGAUGCAAUCUAUUCUCUUGAUAUCUUAUAUGACUGGUGCCACCCCAUCUCAUCUUUCCAUCACCAACCGUUAUGAUUCUGGUAACGAUGACCUCAAUCUCACUAUCAAAUAUGUAUCCAUAACCAUUUUUCUAAACAUUUUAAAUACAGCCUUUUUAGUUUUAUUUGGUUACACACAUUUUAAUGACAUCUUCAACCUUUUGAUUAGAUGUAAAGCAAUAGGUAUUCCUCCCAAAAUACCCGGAAAUUCGAAAGAAUUUCUUAAUAUCAAUAAGGCUACUCCAUCUAAAUCUCCUAUCUAUUGUGAAUACUUUCGGUUUUUCUUUGCAGUUUUGCGACGCUGUGUUUCGAUUGUGUUCCGAUACAACUUUAUAGCCUGCCUCCUUUGCUUAGCCCUGAAUCGACCUUACGUUUUUUAUUCAUUUGUACCACUUGUAACCUUUUGGUAUUUAAUAAUAGUUCUAUGGUUUUUGGCACCACCUUUCAUAAACAUAAACUUUGUUUACUCAUCUCAGUACAAAUUUGAUUAUGAGAAUGUAGCCUUGCUUUCAAAUUGUGAUGAAUCAGAAAUUUAUACCAAUAUGAUGGAUAAGUUCUUGGGUGAUGGUAAUAACUGCAUUUCAAAUCAUUUUCAAGAUGAUACUCAAUAUUUUGAACAUUCUAACCAUGAUAAUAAUGAUUAUACGAUUAUCCUUUCUUUUUGGAAUCAUUUAUGUAUUAUAAUCAAAUUUAUUAUGUUGGGUGUUGGUAUUAGCCUAUUAUAUUCCUCAGAGGCCAAUUUUGCUGAAGCCUUUUCUCGCCUCUUUUCCUUCAUACCUUCCUCAUCCGAUCCUGGAAUCUCAUCACAAAUAAGCGACGAACGAUUAAGAAUAUGGUGGAACAUAUGGAUUAAUGACAGAUACUCGGUUUGUGUGGGCAUGAUUUUCGCCUACCUAAUUAAAUGCACCUGUUUUAUAGAUUUUUUGUUUUUCAAACGGUUCUUCAAAGUCAGUUCUUCCCUUAGUACGGACAGGAAAUUUGUGAGGGAUAGUAAGGCAACAUCUAGUUUAUCCAAUUUUUGUCAUAUCUUUCUACUACCUCUAGUUAUUUUCCUGGUAUACCUGACAGUUAUGUUGCUAAGUUGCCGUGGUUCCUACACAGUUAUCAAUAACUCGGACAGGACAAAAAUUUCGAUUGAUACAAUAUCAGACCAAUUUAACAUCAAUACUAUCCGAAAGGACUUAAAUUCCUACAAAUUCUCUCCUAAUUUAAUUGAAGAAGAAAUUAGUUCCCUUAGCAUCGCUCAAUACGAAAAUCAAAGAAUCUCUACCAACGCCGUUGUGCUGGACAAUUGCUUCGAAGUUAGUUCUUACCUUUCAUGGAUUCCGGUUGUAUGUUAUUUCUUAUUGCUCAUCGCUUAUCACGACAUAUACAAUAGAAAUGACCGUAGCUUUAGUUCCAUAUUUUCCCGGCUAGGUAAAUUUUCCUUAGAAUUGUAUUUGUGUCAAUUUCAUCUAUGGCAAUCGGUGCCUCUGCCAGGCUUAUCCUUUCAACCCACUCGGCCUCACGCUGGAAUAUUAACAUAUUUACCAAACUAUCCAACUCUUAACGCUCUUCUUUCGGGCUUCCUAUGUAUAUGUGCUGCUUGGGAGUUCAAGCAGAUCACAGCAUAUUUUGAGAAGUUAUCUCUUUCUUUCUUCUCCUUGUCUUGUUUCUUAAGAUUCAAACAAUCAAAUAAUAGGGAAAAUAGAAACGAUGUUUCUUACUCAGUAUCUGGUCGAUCUUGUUGGCUUAAAUUAUUCCACUAUAACCCAUGCGGAAAAAUUAUGAAACUGAAGUCAGGCAAGGCUUGGUGCACUCUCUUUUAUAGUCUUGGGAUUGCCAUGGUCAUAUGUUUUUGCGUGUAUUUAUAUUAAUUUUUGAAUAAUAAUAUGGAGGGAAUCGUCCAGAUAAAAAAUCUAUAUUACGAUAUACGAUAAAAUGAAUACAAGAUAUAAAGUCGCAUACCAACUAUAUUUUAGAAUGAUAUUAUUAAACGAUCGUUAUAAAACGUUAAAUUUCAAAAGUAUCUAUCCAAAUAUUUAACAUGAUAUAUUCUUGUCAAACUAUUGGUCUGCCCAAUCUUGUUAUAUUACAGUCAAUAAUUUUACGAUAUCAUAAAGAUAUUACAAACACCCAUUAAAAAAAUAGACCAUCUCGUCUCGAUAUAAAUCAAUUCUAUGAAUUUUAGACCUUUUUUUAGCCCUUACAUUAUAUGCA